CAAAAUAAAAUAAAAAAUGAGUGCACCACCGGCAAAAAAACAAAAAUUUCAAUAUAAAAAGAAAUUCUAUCAGUCCAAUAGAAAGCAAUACUUGGAAGUCGGUCAUAAAGGUUUCCUAGCUACCUGCAAUUUUAAUGAAAAAGACUGUGUACGGGAAUGUUAUAAUAUUCUAAAUCAGUAUGCCAACGAAUUGUAUGGCCCGGAAGAAGAUGACCAUAAAGAUGUGGAUGCUGAGAAGUCUCAGCAAAGCGCAGAAGAGCCAGCUAAUGAAGACAUAGCUGAUGAGUUACAAAAGCAAAUCAAUGCAACACAAUUGAAAACAAAAUCUUCAGCCAAACGUCGCUUUCAAGUAGUUGAUACGGGAGCUUCAAAUUGCGUCUUCAUUAAAACAACCCUUGAUGAUCCUGUAGCAAUUGGAGGGCAUAUUGUCAAGGACAUAGCGGAGACAAAACAACAAAAAACACGGCAUUUGCUACGUUUAGUGCCCAUAGAUGCCGUGUGCAAAGCCAACGAUAAAGAUAUUGUAAAUACCGCAGGACAAUUAUGUGACAAGUAUUUCCUCAAGGAACCUACAACAUUUUCCAUAGUAUUUAAUAAAAGAUUUAAUAACGACAUAAAUCGUGACCAAAUGAUACGAGAGAUAGCGGACUUAAUACACGCCAAAAAUAUUAAAAACAAAGUCGAUUUGAAACAUGCUAAGAGAUCAUUGGUGGUGGAAGUUAUUAAGGGUUUAUGUUGCCUUACAGUCGUGGAUGAUUAUAUGGCAAUGAAAAAAUACAAUUUAGUUGAAUUAGCUAGAGUUAAUCAGGAAUAUAAUAAGGAAGAUAACAAAACUGAGAAGGAAAAUAAUGAUAAGGAGUCGGAGACCACAAAUAAAAGCAUGGAGAAGAAAAAUGAAGUUGUUGCUACCACGCUGGAAGAGAAUGACAAUAAAUCGACGGAGCCGGAAAUUGAAAAUAAUUUAUCUAGUGUAAGCGAAGAUAAUGUAAAUAAAACUUAAACAAAAUCUGAAUUGCUUAGUUUUUAUGGGUUUAUACCUAUUCCGAUAUACAUAUAUCUGAAAACGUUAGUUUUAGGCAGUAUUAUAUAAAUAAUACUUAAAAUUAAAUCUAAUGUAGGAAUAGUAAUCCAGAAUUUAUCUAUUUUUAGAUAUAACAGAAUCUGGUUAAAUAAUCCAAAUAAAAUUCUGAACAAAUAAAUUUUAUAUUUUCAAAACUAA